AUGAGUAAGGACAAAGGCAAGGCAACGGACACGGGCGCCGCGUCCAUGUCCCGAACCGUUAGUUUACUUGCCAACGAUAUGGCUGAUCUCGAGGUUCCCGGAAGCAGUAUUGAGGCGUCCAGCUCCUCGGCUUUUGCGUCCUCGAGUGCUGGUGCGGUGCUGCCCACAGUUGCUGAAGUCCGAAGCUGGGACGUGAACAAGACCAUUGAGCAUCUUGAAGAAACUAUUGAAAAUUUUACAAGGCAAAAUGCUGUGACUUUCAGAAAAAAUAAAAUCGAUGGCUAUGCAUGUCUGGCCAUGACAGUACAAGACUUUUCGAGAUAUGGAGUGGGUGCUGGAUUAGCAACUAGAAUUGCCAACUAUGCCAAAAUGAUAAAGCAAGAGUGUCUCAGUGAAUUGGAUGUUUUAAGCUUAAUUCCACCUGGUGUUACAUAUGUCCACCGAUCAGAUAGAAAUCCAUCUGCUACUACUACAAGAUCUGUAUUCCGCAGAACACCGAUGGAAGUUGUUGAGUGGGAUGAUUUUCUGGAAAAGGUUGCAUCUUACGUGCCAUCUGACAUACCAAUGUACAAAAAGAAGGACUUUGAUGAAAGCUAUCAUGUCUCAACUGAAUCAGAUCUUUAUAGUGCUCUUGAUCAAAAUGUAUAUAAGAUGUUAGAGCUAUUAGCAAGUUCUCGGGAGCGCUUUGGCUCUCACAAUGCAAUUGAAACCAAAGGAGAACCAGAUCGCAUCUUUUACAAUGAUGACCCUCUGUUGCUCCUUGUCAUUGAAGUCAAAACCAAGUACACCCUUCCAAUAAAUGAUGAUAAUGACCUCAUCAGGAAAUUCAACGAGGAUACCCAAGUCUAUGACCAAAAUCUUGCACCAAUAAAUUCCACACUCUAUCAGGUUCAACAAAUAUUUGGGUAUCUUUCCUGUAAUUGCCUUCAAUAUGGGGUUCUCACAACAUACGAACAGACAUGGUUUCUGAAGAGAGAUCUUGGAAAAUUGUAUAUGUCACCUGCUAUCAGGUACAAUGACCAAGACCCAACACUAUUCCAUUGUUAUGCAUGUAUCAUGGAGCUUGCCCGCAGAGAUCAUUCCAAUCCAUCUGCACCUCCUUCGCCAACACAACCAGACAACUCACCUAGCAAUCAUGGUGAUCCUAAUGAUAGUGACCAUAAUUCUCAGAAAAAGUGCAAACGAGGUGGUGACGACUCUUCUGGAAGCAAGCGCAAACAUCGUGAUGGUGGCUCUUCUGAAAGCAAGCAGAAAAAAGGACGUCAGGGCAGCCGAAGGAGUAAGCAAAGUGGUAGACGAGUUAUUACAAGACAACUCUCAACAGGAUUUUCUGUAACUGUUGGAGAAGUGUAUCUACCAGAAUUUGGAUGCCAAGACAUUCUUGGGGAAGGACGUUCUGGAAAGGUGUUUCGGGCUGACUGGCAAGGAGAAACAGUAGCAGUGAAGAUCUGUGACUUGUAUCAACAUCCAGAGUAUGAAGAAGAAGUACUUACAGAGGUUGCAGUGUAUGAUGCCCUCAGAGAUCUGCAAGGACUUUGCAUUCCUCACUUCAAACUUGCUGGGUAUUAUGGUGGAAUAUUCGUGAUUGCAACAGAGAUUGCUGGGUUCCCCUUGGACGUGGAUAAGCUAAGCCAUCACGAGCGCCUGGAAAUACUUGAUAAGUUAUCACUCAUUCACAUGCAUGGCAUCUUGCAUAACGAUAUUCGACGGAGCAACAUUCUUGUCCACCACCUCAAUGAUGGAAUGAAGGUCUGCUUUAUCGAUUUUGCUAUGUCAAAGCGGGGAUGUAAAAAGUCAGAAUUCAAACAUGAAAUGAUCCAAUUGGAGAAGUUGCUUGGUCUGUCGGUAGCAUGUCAAAGUAAGAAAUUGUGCUGCCCCAAACACACCACUGAGGAACAGCCAAGUUCUGGUAUGCCUCAAAAA